AGGGGUGAGGAGGGGGAGAGCUGGAGGCGCGGCUCGGAGAUCAUUAUUAAACAGGAGGAAAGAAUCUGUUUCACCAUUCCCUUCAUCUGAAAGGGAUGUCAGCUGUUGGCAUGUCUGCCACGGGAGGAGAGGCUGUCUCGGAGAACUCGUGAUUGUUCCAUCCAGACGUCCUCUGCUCUGACAGUCUCAUCUUCAUGAACGCAGACCAAGUUGGAGCAGAAGCCAUGAGCCACGAUCCUCAGAGCAUCCUCUGCUACCAGAGGCCAGAUGAGGAGGUGGUGGUGGACCAGGGAGGAACCAGCUCUGUGAUGAAUAUUCAUUAUGAGGAAGAAGAGCUAGAAGGCCACAGGACUCUGUUUGUGGGGGUUCGGAUGCCCAGGCAGAGCCAUCGCCACCACAAAGCCCACGGAUCCCGCCAUCGCAGGAGAGACAAGAGGGCAGGAAGCAUCGCGGCACAACAGAGUGAUAAAAGCGAGGCCACCUCCUGUCAUGACACGCCGUCCCAGCGGGUCCAGUUCAUCCUGGGCACAGAAGAGGAUGCCGAACACGUGUCCCACGAGCUUUUCACCGAGCUGGAUGAGAUCUGCGUGAAGGAAGGCAAGGAUGCGGAGUGGAAGGAAACAGCCAGGUGGCUGAAGUUUGAGGAAGAUGUGGAGGACGGUGGAGAGAGGUGGAGCAAGCCUUACGUUGCCACACUCUCCCUCCACAGCCUGUUCGAGCUCCGCAGCUGCAUCAUCAAUGGCAGCGUGCUGCUCGACAUGCAUGCAGAUAGCAUCGAAGAGAUAGCAGACAUGGUGCUGGACCACCAGGAGGCGGCACAUGAGCUGGAUGACAGCGUGCGGGUGAGGGUGCGUGAGGCCCUGCUGAAGAGACACCACCACCAGAACGAGAAGAAGAAAAACUUGAUCCCCAUGGUCCGCUCCAUCACGGAGGGGGCUCGCAAACCGUCAGAGCCUCAAAUGAUUGGGUCAGCUACAUCUCUUCAGCCCCCUCCACCCACUGAGCCAGCCAAGAAUGGGGCUGGAGCUGACAGCAGCCAAGUGGACCUCAGCAAGGUCGACCUUCACUUCAUGAAAAAGAUUCCAGAGGGUGCUGAAGCCUCCAACGUUCUGGUGGGAGUCUUGGACUUUCUGGAGAGGCCCAUUGUGGCCUUUGUCCGUCUUUCUCCUGCUGUCCUGCUCACUGGUCUCACUGAGGUCCCCAUACCCACCAGGUUUCUCUUCAUCCUCCUGGGCCCUGAUGGGAAGGAGCAACAGUAUCAUGAAAUUGGACGUUCUAUGGCCACCAUCAUGACAGAUGAGAUAUUCCACAAUGUAGCGUACAAGGCAAAGGAUAGGAGUGACCUGCUUGCUGGGAUAGAUGAGUUCCUGGACCAAGUGACGGUGCUUCCACCAGGAGAGUGGGACCCCUCCAUUCGCAUCGAACCCCCAAAGAGUGUCCCCUCUCAGGAGAAGAGGAAAAUGCCAGGAGUUCCCAACGGAACAGUUGUCCAAGUAGAGGAACCACAGCAUGCAGAACAUCACGGUCCGGAGCUGCAGAGGACUGGGAGGUUGUUUGGAGGCCUGGUUCUGGAUAUUAAGAGGAAAGCUCCGUUCUAUCUGAGUGACUUUAAAGACGGUCUUAGCCUCCAGUGUGUGGCCUCCUUCCUCUUCCUCUACUGUGCCUGCAUGUCCCCUGUCAUCACCUUUGGAGGGCUGCUGGGCGAGGCCACAGAAGGACGAAUUAGCGCCAUCGAGUCCCUGCUUGGAGCAUCAAUGACUGGGGUGGCCUACUCUCUGUUUGCUGGUCAGCCUCUCACCAUUCUAGGCAGCACAGGUCCUGUACUGGUUUUUGAGAAAAUCCUCUACAAAUUCUGCAAGGACUACGACCUGUCGUACCUGUCGCUGCGAGCGUGCAUCGGCCUGUGGACGGCCCUGCUGUGUUUGCUGUUAGUCGCCACAGAUGCCAGCUCUCUGGUUUGUUACAUCACUCGUUUCACAGAGGAGGCCUUCGCUGCUCUCAUCUGCCUCAUCUUCAUCUAUGAAGCCUUGGAGAAGCUGUUCCACCUGGGAGAAUUGUACCCCUAUAACCUUAACAGUGAUCUGGACAAACUCACACUGACACACUGUAGGUGUGCAGAGCCUAAUGAUCCCAGUAACAAAACCUUGGAUUUGUGGAGUGAGAGAAACAUCACAGCCUCUGCUGUACCCUGGGUCAACCUGACUGUCAAGGAGUGCAUCAGCCUGCAAGGCCACUUUGUUGGGACAGCAUGUGGGCACCACGGUCCAUACACUCCAGAUGUUCUCUUCUGGUCUGUCAUCUUGUUCUUUUCAACAUUCUUCCUGUCUGCCUUCCUCAAACAAUUCAAAACUAGUCGUUAUUUUCCCACCAAGGUGCGGUCUAUGAUCAGUGACUUUGCUGUGUUCCUCACAAUCGUUCUCAUGGUUCUGCUUGACUUCGUCAUCGGCGUUCCAUCCCAGAAGCUCAAGGUGCCGAGCAAAUUCCAGCCUACCAGAGAUGAUCGUGGCUGGUUGGUUAAUCCGAUUGGACGGAACCCGUGGUGGACUCUCCUGGCAGCUGCUAUUCCUGCUCUUCUCUGCACCAUCCUGAUUUUCAUGGACCAGCAGAUAACUGCUGUCAUCAUCAACCGCAAAGAGCACAAACUCCUGAAAGGUUGUGGGUACCACCUGGACCUGCUGAUGGUGGGGGUGAUGCUGGCUGUGUGCUCCAUCAUGGGCUUGCCCUGGUUUGUAGCCGCCACUGUGCUGUCCAUCUCUCAUGUGAACAGCCUGAAGCUGGAGUCAGAGAGCUCUGCUCCGGGAGAGCAGCCUCGCUUCUUGGGCAUCAGAGAGCAGAGGCUCACGGGCCUGGUCAUCUUCCUGCUCAUGGGCUGCUCGGUGUUCAUGACUGGAGCUCUGCAGUUUAUUCCCAUGCCUGUGCUGUAUGGAGUUUUUCUUUACAUGGGAGCCUCUUCAUUAAAAGGCAUCCAGUUCUUUGACCGUCUGAAACUCUUCGGCAUGCCGGCGAAGCACCAGCCGGACUUCAUCUACUUGAGACACGUGCCCUUGAGGAAGGUCCACCUCUUCACUGUCACCCAGCUCAGCUGCCUGAUUCUGCUCUGGGUCAUCAAGACAUCGCCUGCCGCUAUCGUCUUUCCCAUGAUGGUGCUGGCUCUGGUUUUCAUCCGAAAAGUUCUGGACUUGUGCUUCUCUAAGCGAGAGCUGAGCUACCUGGAUGACCUGAUGCCAGAGUGGAAGAAAAAAAAACUUGAUGACGAUGCAUCCAAAAAGCUGGAGGAGGAAUCACAGGUCAUGCUCAGUAUGAGGACAGAAGAUACAACUACUAUUCAGAUUCCCAUGGAGAGCUGUAAACCCGUCCAGAAAGCACAUGAUCCCAGGUGUGAUCCCUCUGAUAUUAACAUAUCAGAUGAAAUGUCCAAAACCACUGUGUGGAAAUCCCUCAGCUCCAAUCAAAAGGACAUUAAUCUUGUUGCUGCUAAAAAGGCAAGCCCAUACCUUCUUUUUCCCUUCACUCACAGCUUGUGAAGACAUUACUGUCCCCUGUUCCUUUGGCGCUUCCCAGAUUAAUCUAUCCUUUGUCCUGUGCUUUGAUAACUGUUGUUUACA